UUGUUGGUAACAGUUGCUGCGGAUAUAUGGUCUGGGAGUGGCACCAAUAAUUGUUUAUUUUGGUUUAUUUUCAUUAUGGGAAAAUAAUUUAAAUACACAGUGUUUCAGAGGUGUGCUAGAGGUUUAUUAUUCACCGUACUGGAUAGGAAACAGAAUCUCAAGAUGCCUGCGAUCAAAGAUUCGAACAUCGUCAAGAUUGCCGUCGAGAUGACCAAUCAAGUGCCAAAUCUGACGGAAUUCAAUCAAAAACAACCACUCACCUGUAUAAUACAGGAGCUCUGCAACCAGUGGGGUCUUGCUGAACCUGAGCAGUAUGCACUUCAGUUCAAUGAUAACAACAAUAGAAACUACAUCACUGAGAAGAACAGGAAUGAGGUGAAGAAUGGGUCUGUCUUGAGGUUGGAGUUCUCUCCUCUGAAGACUGCUCAAGAUAUUUUGCAUAAGUUCACUGCAGGUUCUCCAGAGGAUAAAGCCAUGGCUAUACAGAAGUUGUCCAAGCUCAGUUCUGAUAUUACAUUUGCUUUGGAAUUCAUUAACAAGCAAGGUUUGACUCUGAUCAUUAAGCAGAUUGAGGCUGGCAACAGUAAAGGCACAGUACUGGCACACACAUUGCUCUCUUUUGUUGAGCUGAUGGAACAUGGGAUAGUUUCAUGGGAGAUUCUGGAUGUGGCAUUUAUCAACAGAGUUGCAGGUCUGGUGAACACAUCCCAGGAUGAGGAUAUCAAUCAAGCAGCUUUAUCAAUUCUGGAGAAUGUUGUUCUCAAUCAUAGCCAAGGCUAUGAGCAAGUAGAGAGAGAGGUUCCAGUUACAUCAUUGAUCACACAUUUGCAAGAAACGUCUGUGGUUCAGCAGAACACUGUUGCAUUGAUAAACGCAUUAUUGACAAAGGCUGAUUACGUUAAAAGGAAAUCGGUGGCGGCGACACUUAUUUCAAAGCAGCUGAGGGUUGUUAUACAAAAUAACAUAAUUCAAACUGGAGCCGCUGAAGGCGCCGAAAUGGCUCAUCAAUUGUACGUGCUGCAAACUUUAAUUUUGGGCUUGUUCGAACAGAGGAUGGUCACGAAAAUGGACCCUCAGGAUCAAGAUGGUCAUGACAAAAUUAAGGAGCUAAGGAAAAUAGCUUUUGACAGUGAAGGUGCUGGAAGCAUGAGGGGUCCAGGCGGUUUCACGAGGGACUACAAAAAGUUGGGCUUCAAGAAUGAUAUUAAUCCAGCUCUGGACUUUACGGAAACUCCGCCCGGUUUGUUGGCUCUCGAUUGUAUGGUGUAUUUUGCCAGGAAUCAUCCGGAUAAUUAUACAAAAUUGGUGUUGGAGAACAGCUGCAGAGCCGACGAACACGAAUGUCCCUUCGGCAGGGCCAGCGUUGAAUUGGUGAAAAUCUUAUGCGAAUUGUUGAAGAUCGGAGAACCGCCUGCAGAGCAAGGAGCCACUUUCCAACCGCUAUUCUUCGCUAACGAUUAUCCAUUCGAGGAGACUUUCUGCAUCUGCAUCGUUCUUCUAAAUAAGACAUGGAAGGAGAUGAGAGCAACUUCCGAGGAUUUCGGUAAGGUGGCUAGCGUUGUUAGGGAGCAAAUCAUAAGGGCGUUGCAGACUUCGCCUUUGUCGUUGGAGCAAUUAAGGCAGAGGUUGCAGUCGCUGACGUACAGCGAAAUUACUAGUCUAUGGCAGCAGGAGCGUACUUCUAGAGAGGAGUGGGAAUCUCAUGCGAGACCAAUCGUCGAGCUGAGGGAGCAAAUAACACCGGACAUACUCAAUUUGAUCACUCAACAGCGAUUGACGUACUUGGUGGAGGGAACGAGGUUUACGAAGUACUCGGCGCGCGGUCAACGAAUUAAAGAUAAAUUCUGGUUCAUGCGAUUGUCCCCGAACCAUAAGGUUCUUCAUUACGGUGAUUGCGAUGAGAAGAGCGCUCCCAGCGCUGAAGAGUUGGCUUCGAAACUGGCUGUCUCCGAUAUAAAGGCUUUGUACAUUGGAAAAGACUGUCCCCAUAUGAGGGGAAGGAAGGCUUCCCAUCAGCUCGCCUUCUCGUUGGCCUUGGAAGGAGUUGAUCUGAUGUCCUUAGAUUGUGUAGCUCCGGAUGAACUCGCUUUCGCUUAUUGGACUGAUGGCAUUAAUGGACUGUUGGGGAAUAAAAUGCAAAGCAAAGAGACUGAAAAGGAUUUGGAUACGCUUCUCUCGAUGGAAAUAAAGCUGCGUCUUUUAGAUGCGGAAGGUGUGACCAUACCGCAGGAUCCACCCAUCAUUCCUCCAGAUCCUCCACAUUACAGCUUUUAUUACGAGUUACAGUAGCUAUUUUAACCAAAAAUAUCAUAUCCAGUCACAAUUAUCAACGUUUUUAAUAGUAUCUAUUAUUAUUAUUAUUGUUUAAGUACAAACAUAU